CUCGCUGUCACUUUGCAGACUACGUUUCACGUUUCUUAAAUGGAGACGUGAAAGUUUGUCCUCGCUGCUCUUGUUUUGGUUUGCACGCUGUCUAUUAGCCGCUAAGCUAUCUCGGCUAGCUCGUUAGCAGCGAUGUCGGCGUGGCGGCGGUUGCAGGUGAAGCUGCGGACGGCUCCGGGUUUUUUCGCCUCCAUUCAGCUGACACGGAGACACGCACGCCAGUAUGGACCCUUGACGCUGUGCCGAAGCCUGAGCACAGGAUCACCUCUCCAGAAUAAAUACUUUAAAGACCUGAAGGCCCAGCUGGCAGGCUUCAGGAAGAAGGCUUCGGACGCUUUGCCCGGGAGCAGCUGGACUCCUCUGCUCGUUAGCCCCAACCUUCCCCCGGCGAGAGUCGACAUCGUGAUCAUUGGAGGCGGUGUGGUGGGCUGGUCCAUCGCCUACUGGCUGAAACAGAAGGAGAUGAUCCGAGAAGGGGCGAGAAUCCUUGUUGUAGAGAAAGAUCCAAUGUACUCCCAGUCCUCCACGGUUCUGUCUGCCGGGGGGAUCCGACAGCAGUUCUCCCUGCCGGAGAACAUCCACUUGUCUCUGGCCUCCGUAAACUUCAUGAGGAAGAUUAAUGAUUAUCUUGGCGUGAUGAACGAAGACCCAGUGGACCUGCAGUUCAACCAAUCAGGAUACCUCUUCCUGGCAAGUGAGCAAGGGGCUCAAAUCAUGGAAGAAAACUACAUCACCCAGAGGAAUGCCGGAGCCCACGUUUCUCUUCUCUCCCCGACACAGCUGAAGCAGAAAUUUCCGUGGAUAAACACAGACGGGGUAGUGCUGGCUUCAUAUGGGCUGGAGAACGAGGGCUGGUUCGACCCCUGGACUCUGCUGAACGCCUUCAAGAGGAAAGCCAUCUCUAUGGGAGUCAUUCCAUGCCAUGGAGAAGUUACAGAUUUGAAAUGUACAACAAAAAUGCUAAGAAGUGAUUCUGAUGAAAUCAUGGCUGUGAAGAGAAUCAAUUAUGUCAAAGUGCAGAUGCUGAACAGCCUGGAGUACCAGCCGGUGGAAUGUUCUAUUGUGGUAAAUGCAGCAGGAGCCUUUUCUGGUAAACUGACCAAGAUGCUGGGAAUUGGCUCUGGCCCCAAGGACUCCAUCGCUGGAAUUCCACUGCCUGUUGAGCCUCGGAAAAGGUAUGUGUACGUGGUCAACUGUCCCGACGGUCCGGGUCUAGACACUCCCUUCUUGAUCGAUUAUUCUGGAGUUUACUUCAGAAGAGAGGGUUUAGGAGGAAACUACAUCGCUGGAGUGUCGCCAGAGGAGGCAGAGGAGCCAGAUACCAAUAAUCUAGAGGUGGACCACCAGUUUUUUGAGGAAAAGGUUUGGCCUGUGUUGGCUCAUCGAGUUCCUGCUUUUGAAAAACUGAAGGUGACCAGUGCCUGGGCGGGUUUCUACGACUACAACACCUUCGACCAGAACGGCAUCAUCGGUGUUCACCCUCUCAUCAACAACAUGUACUUGGCCACCGGUUUCAGUGGUCACGGCCUGCAGCAUUCGCCCGCAGUGGGUCGUGCUGUGGCAGAACUGAUCCUGGAUGGAAACUUUAAAACCCUGGACUUGAGCAGCUUCAGUUUCGGACGGAUACUGAGCCAGGAACCGAUGCUCGAGAGAAACAUUGUGUAGCGGAGCUGAAACAUGGACUUGUACCAUUCAUGCUGCUGCCAAUGACAAAUUGUUAAGAUUCAAGUCUUAUUUUUGUAGCUGUAUUUUAUCAGUAAUACUGAGUCUGUACUCACCAGAUUUGUUACUAAACUCUGGGAACUUCAUCACUAAAAAAAACCUCAAUGGUUGAGACCAUCCUACCAAGAAAAACAACAGUUAUUUCAGACUCGCAUGUGUCCAAACAUGACAUUUAUCUACAAACUGAAGCUGCAGGAAUUAUAUAUCUUGUCAGGAACAAAAGAGGAAAUAGUGUGAGGUCUAUGGAUGGGUCAACCAAAUAUCAGAACCCAAGUUUCAUAAAGACAGUUAAAAAUA